AUGACGCGAGGAGGAGAAUCGAUGCCGCACAGAGGUCCAACCACGAACUCGAAGAUCAAGCAGGUCUUGAUACAUCGUGACUUGUUCAAGGAGCAAGAAAUCCGACCAGUGCACGCUUCGACGGUCUGCACUCGUUUAAAAGCAGUCAGCGGGCGAAAUCCACUGCAAGGCCAUUGGCCGUCGAGAACGGAAGAGAAGACAAACCUCGCCGAACUCGGCAGUGUUCUGAAGGAGCUCGCCGAUGAGGGAAAACGAAUCAUCGUUUGCAUCUCUGGUAUCGUCGUCAUCGUACGAGCGGUGGUCGGCAGCGUGAGACGAGGCAAGACGGCGGUGGUGGCACUGUUCCGGAGAGAUGAUCAUCGAUUCGGUUGGUACGGAUAG